CGUGACGUCAGCGGGAGGCGAAGAUGGCGGCGGCGGCGCGGGGCGCGCUGCAGCGGCGCUGAGCCCGGCCCGGCCCCGCCAUGAGCUGCUCGGAGGACGCGGCCAAGGAGCGGCUGCUGUGGAGCGUGAAGAAGGAGGUAAAACAGAUCAUGGAAGAAGCUGUCACCAGGAAAUUUGUGCAUGAAGACAGCAGUCACAUCAUCGCCUUAUGUGGUGUGGUAGAAGCAUGUCUUCUGCACAUGCUCAAACGCAGAGCCGCCGGCUUCCUACGGACCGAUAAGGUGGCUGCCCUCUUCACCAAAGUUGGCAAGACUUAUGCGAUAGCUGGCGACAUAUGCAAGAAGGUCCAGGAGCUGCAGCAGCAGGUGGAAAGCAGGAAAAAUCAGCCAACUGGCCAGGAGUCCCUCAAGAGGCAGAAUUCAACCACAAGCAAAUCGCCUGUCCUGACACCUCAGGCCAUCAAACACAUCUGGGUCCGGACGGCGCUGAUCGAGAAAGUGCUGGACAAAAUUGUGCAGUACAUAGUGGACAACUGCAGCAAAUAUUACGAGAGAGAAGCUCUAUUGGCAGAUCCUGUUUGUGGUCCAAUCCUUGCUUCUCUUCUAGUUGGACCCUGCGCUCUCGAAUAUACCAAGCUGAAAACAGCCGACCACUACUGGACUGACCCCUCGGCCGAUGAGCUGGUGCAGAGGCACCGCAUUCAUGGAGUACACGGCCGUCAGGACUCUCCCUCCAAACGCCCGGCGCUGGGAAUCCGGAAGCGGCAGUCCAGCGGUAGCACGUCUGAGGACCGGUUUGCUGCUUCGGCAAGGGAGUAUGUGGAGUCUUUGCACCAGAACUCGAGGACACACCUGCUGUAUGGGAAAAAUAACGUCCUCGUUCAGCCAAGAGAUGAUAUGGAGGCAAUUCCUGGGUAUCUCUCCCUGCAUCAGUCAGCAGAUAACUUGACUUUGAAAUGGACCCCGAACCAGCUCAUGAAUGGGACCCUUGGGGAUUCAGAACUUGAGAAAAGUGUUUACUGGGACUACGCCUUAAUCGUGCCAUUCAGUCAGAUCGUCUGCAUACACUGCCAUCAGCAACCAGAAAGUGGAGGGACAUUAGUGUUGGUGAGUCAGGAUGGGAUUCAGAGACCUCCGCUCCAUUUCCCGCAGGGAGGCCACCUCCUUGCUUUCCUCUCUUGCCUCGAAAAUGGCCUUCUGCCCCGAGGGCAACUAGAGCCACCGCUUUGGUCCCAACAGGGCAAGGGUAAAGUGUUUCCAAAGCUCCGGAAAAGAAAUAUUAACAAGUCAGUGGAUCUAGAUGAAAUGCCAGAGGAGACCGCUACAGACUACGUCUUCAGAAUCAUCUACCCAGGUCACAAGCAUGAGAACAUAACUAUUAACUACCACCACUUAGCUGCCAGCCGCUCUGCCUCUGUCGACGAUGACGAGGAGGAGGAAGAUAAGCUACACGCAAUGCUAUCAAUGAUCUGCUCUCGGAACCUCACAGCUCCUAAUAGGAUGAAAGACCCCAGCGACAUGAUAGAGAUGCAGGGAUUUAGUGCAAGCUUGUUGUCAUGGCAGCUGGAGCACUGUAGCCAAGGUUCCUCGUGUCUCUCCUGUUCAACGGGCAGCUCUCCUUAUGACCUCCCCACCUGCUGCAACUGCAUACACGACAGAACCCCGUUAAAGAUGCUGUGUGAAAGCAUGAAGAGACAAAUUGUAUCCAGAGCCUUCUAUGGAUGGCUUGCCUACUGCCGUCAUUUGUCUACAGUGCGAACACAUCUGUCUGCUCUAGUGAACCACACCAUCGUCCCACCCGACAAACCGACCAGCGCCACAGGAGGCCUGACAAAAGAGGUCUGGAGCAAAUACCAGAAGGACAAGAAGAAUUACAAGGAGUUGGAAUUGCUGAGAAGAGUGUACUAUGGUGGGGUGCAGCAUGAGAUCCGAAAGGAAGUGUGGCCCUUCUUACUAGGUCACUACAAAUUUGGCAUGACCAAGAAGGAUAUGGAUCGGGUGGAUGAAGACAUUGCUCUCCAGUAUCAGAAGGUCAUGGCGGAGUGGAAAGCCUGCGAGGUGAUAGUGAAGCAGCGAGAGAAGGAGUCACACUAUGCCACCUUGGCUAAGUUUUCAUCGGGCAGCAGCAUCGACAGCCACGUCCAGCGACUGAUCCACAGGGACUCCACCAUCAGCAAUGACGUCUUCAUCUCUGUAGAUGAAAUGGACUCAGCAGAGCGAGACUUAAAGGGCCAGGACGACCCUUCUUUGACUGUGGUGAACAUGGACACACCAACAGCAGUUGCUGCAGUAGAGCAGCAGUCGGUAGAAUUUGAUUCUCCUGACUCUGGGCUGCCUUCUUCUCGGAACUACUCGGUAGCUUCAGGCAUCCUCUCCAGCAUCGAUGACGGGCAGAGCAUCUGCUUUGAAGAUGGGGUAGAGGAAGAAACGAGCAUGGACUUGGAAAGAACAGAUGUGGACACAAUCCAUGCUCAGAAAGCCGGGUUGGUGGCUGUAGAGGCGCAGGAUUCCAUACCGGAGGAACAGCUGUGCUCCCAGCUGGAUUAUUUAACAUCUGGAGUGGAUCUUGCUGCUGUUUGUGCUGCGUCCUAUACAAUAGAAUUACUGGACACAGUUGCCUUAAAUUUGCAUAGAAUUGAUAAAGACGUCCAGAGGUGUGAUCGGAACUACUGGUAUUUUACUGCUGAUAACCUGGAGAAGCUCCGAAAUGUCAUGUGCAGUUAUGUUUGGGAGCACCUCGAGGUUGGCUACGUUCAAGGCAUGUGCGAUCUCCUGGCUCCUCUCAUGGUCAUACUUGACAGCGAUCAGCUGGCAUACAGCUGCUUCAGCCACCUGAUGAAGAGAAUGAGCCAGAACUUCCCCAAUGGUGGUGCUAUGGACACACACUUUGCCAACAUGCGAUCCCUAAUCCAGAUUUUGGACUCCGAGCUCUUUGAGCUGAUGCACCAGAACGGAGACUACACUCACUUCUACUUCUGCUAUCGCUGGUUCCUGCUUGAUUUUAAGAGAGAAUUGUUGUACGAGGAUGUAUUUACAGUGUGGGAAGUUAUUUGGGCAGCAAAGCACAUCUCUUCAGAACAUUUUGUCCUUUUCAUUGCCUUAGCACUGGUGGAGGUCUAUCGAGAGAUUAUCCGUGAUAACAACAUGGACUUCACCGAUAUCAUCAAGUUUUUUAAUGAAAUGGCCGAGCAUCACAAUGCCCAGGAAAUCCUCAAGAUCGCGAGAGACCUCGUCUACAAAGUGCAAACGCUGAUAGAGAACAAGUGACGGCGGAUGUGGAGAGAACGGUCACGGAGCUGCCAUGGGCCUGUGCAGACUGUGCGAUGAAGCUGUUCUUUGCACACACUUCAAACAACGUUUUAAUUGCAUCUUCCAUGUAAUGUAUAAGUAUUCCAGAGGUCUGUAAGAGAGACAUUUAAAGCCGAUUUCCCCUGGAGAUGAGGUUGGUUUGAUCGUCCUUGUUGCUCUCACUUUGUAUUUUGAGGCACAAAUCUUUUUUCAUUGUGCCCUUUCUUAGGCUCUAGAAGUGUCCAUCUCUGUGUUUGAGCUAUUGAGGGGAUUUUGUUUGUGGGAGGCUUUGUAUUUAUUGACCUCAUACCUCUGUAAUGCCCUGGGAAUCAGUUGCGUUCACCCAAAAUCUCCUGCACGUUCGGAGUUAAGGCCCUGUUAGAGCAUAUUUUGGCUGUAGAAGUACAAAGGCCCAUGUAUAGAUGCAGCAAUUAAAGGUGGAUCAGGUUAGAAGUCCAAGAGCUGAGAUCAUGCUCCACGUGCUACGGACCGGAAAGAAAACCCCACCUGAAUAACAGGCAGACCCUGAUGUCAGCUCAGCCACGACUCUUGGAUCAGUGAACGCCUGAACCAGGGUGCAGCCCCCGUACCUGCUAGGGUGAGCUUGAAGACAAAGCCCAGCAUCAAGUCAGUCUCUGAAACAACCUUCAUGCCAUCAGGGACCUCAGUCAAACACUUAACUCUACCAAGGACAAGCUACACGUUGAUCCACAGCAGCUCCCGGCAGUAUGGAGUUAUCCAGGCCUGGGAGUGUUGGGUGAUCUUAGACCAGAGACUCUCCUGCACGCCGAUGGCAUCCCAUUAAAUUCAGUGGGACAAGGAAAAGUUUAGCAAUAGCAGAAGAGGUUUGCAGGGGGUGGGGGUGGUGCUUUAGUGUGUCCAAACUCGCACCCCAGAGGCACUAGCUUCUUUCCCCCAUUUCUCAGAGAUGAAAGCAGUGGCUGUUAGGGUGUCUUACUUCCUAGGGGGACUAACAAAGGGUCUUGGAUUUGAUUUUCAUCUGGCUAUGGGCAGUUUCCAGAGUAGCCAAAUCUCUCUUGUGCCAGCCUUCACUUCAUUGCACUUGACCCCAAACUUCCCUUAGUUGUUAGCAGGUCUUACAGAGGCUGUGCUCCCCUCGGUUUCCUGGUUGUAGUGGUGACACCACACUUGCUCUUUCAGGAGCAAAUACCAGCUGCUGCUAGGGGGUACAGCAGUUUUACCACCAGAGGAGCCGUCCCAGGUCUCCAGUUGGACAGUAGCUGUAUUUCAGGCUGUUAAACAUCUAUGUGAUAGCACUGUCACCCUGUACACGAGAUGACGUGUAGACCCCAGAUAGACUACAAGAAGGAUUCAAGUAGGCCGGUUAAAGAAUGAAUAAUGCGGACAGCAGCAGACACAGAUACUUUUAGCAAAAGUUCAGGUACCCAAAUGAUUUAGGCGCACACAUCAUUCAGGCACUUGUGGAGAGAAAACAAAAAAAAAAAUCAUGCCCAUGCCAUUUUGUCCCAUUACGGAAGAUGGCUGAGGCUUUUAAGUUUGCUUCUGAACCAAAAGUCGUAGCCCAAAAGAUCACGUGAAGCUUGGAGCCGAACUUUGUGGCCCAGUUUUUAUACCCUUCUGUUACCUUUUCAGAGGAGGAUGUUGAAAAGCUCGGUGUGGGCCAGCGGGGGCUGGCCCCGUGCCAGGGCGAACACUGAGCGCUCGGGAAACUCCUCCAGGAAGAACGAAUCCAACUUAAAUGACCUUUCACAGGCUGUUUCCUAGGAGAGGAGCAACAGUGCGCUCUGACAUGCCUGCAAGUGUUUUCAGCUGCGGGAUUAAUGGGACCAGAGUUUGCUCGCUCGGUAGCGCUACACGGUGGAGUGUAUCCGCUCUUCGCUUGCUUUAGCCACACAGUACAAGUCACUUGGGUUUGGCGUCAUUCUCAAACAGGCUAAAAAUCCACGAGCGAUUGAGUGUGAAGCCCGUCACCCCCCGCUAGCUUGUGCAGAGACGGACUGUGUGUUGCCAAAGGAUGAACCGGUCCCCGCACUGGUUCCUCCGAGCUAUGGUUUUACCAUCACAAGGGGGGGGGGGGGAACGACAAAAGCAUCACGUGUAGGACAAACUUUUCCCACAAGAAGCGUAUCAUUCCCUGGUGCUAAGUUAUACAGCAAGACAGGCCGAGGCCUUUAGUCCCCAUUCUGUUUUGUUUCUGCCUUUUGAAAACUAGGAGAGAGGCUUAGGUACAAAGCCGAAGUUUGGCAAGCCUGCAGCAGGCUCCAGCCUCAGAAGGACUGGAGGACACAGCUUUGAAUGCGAGGCAUGUUCGGUUCACAGGACCACAGGGCUGGAAGGCUUCUCAAAGGGUCUUUAGCUCUAUCCCCCAGAGAGAGGCAGGUCCCCCGUCAGAGCACACACAGUACCAGGAAGUGCUGGCUUUGCAAGUUGGUUUGUCCUUCUUGCCAGUCUUCAUCCACCUUUUUAAAGGUGAACCUGUGGUACUUGUAUUAGCUACUUGGUCCCCGUAAGGCCCUGUCUGCCAGGGCCAAUAUGCUCGGGUUCACAGAGCCGGUAACCAGAACAGACUUUGCUGCAAUAAGUGAGGAAGGAAAUGUGGAAACUGCAAAGCUCUUCUGCAUUGCUGAACCACAGGGGAGGGGAUGCUCUGUGUGUUUUGAAACGUCUUUGCGGUGCUCUGUGUUUCAGGACGGGCUGCUUCUAUCCUUCAGGCCUAACAUGCACAGAGAUUGCCCCUACCUGGGCUGCUCUGUCACAUGCCUGGGGGGAAAUCUGACAGCAAGAGUGUCCACCCACUCGAACUGGCCCAGUUUGACACACACCAGUGCAGCCGUCACCCACCACGGUCUCCUUUGCACAGGUGGGUGCGUGUGUUUGGAAAGGCAAGAUGUACUCUUACAUAGCAGCAGGGUAGCAAGAGACAAGAAAGCCCCUGGCUGGCUCUUUCGGGCCAUUCCUCCUUCUCCAAAAUGUCUGGAACUAGCACUGAGAGGGGCUGUGUAGAAACGUGUGCGUGGGGCAGAUGCAGCAUGGCUCACUCCCCCAGUCUUUCCUCCCCCCACCCCAUGUGCCAAUACUGGUGGGGAAAGUAGAGUUUUAUUAUUAUUAUUAUUAUCAUCAUCAUUAUUAUUGCUACUGGCAACAGUUGCUGGGAAGAAAGUUCCUUUGCAAGGCCAGUCCCCCUCCCUCCCAGGCGUAGCCUCACUGCCUGCUGUGGGAUUACUGACCCAAGUCAGGCGAGCUGGAUUUGGGCCUGGAAAGUGUUUAGACUCUGCAGCUGCAGCGCGAGUCUCCGUAGUGCUGGAAGCAGCGAGUUAAGCAGGCCAAAGUCUCAAACCACGAGCUGCCCUGGGAAGAUGCAGAUGGAUGUGGGAAAGGACGUGCAAAUCUAUGCUCUUGGGGGAAGGCUGCAUCCUUGAAUUUCAAGGCUGCCUCGUAGCAUUACUGUCACAUCCGUCCUGCCUGUGUGCGCAGGCUGGGAAGCCUCAUUCAGGAAUUUGCUAGAUCUAGGGAGACAUUUAUUCCACACUCCUCACGGCGGCAGCCAAAUGCCUUCAGAGCUGAGCCUUGCAGGUACAGGACAAAAGCAGCGGUGUUGAAGAGGCACUGGCCAGUUCAGACCUCUGCAGAAAGGGGCGGCGUUGGACUGGGAGGGAGAAAACCCUAAGCCAACAGUUGGCUGCCAAAAUCCUGACAGUGAAGGGUGCCCGAGAAGCUCUGCUUCGUAGCCAUUUGGGCGCGCUCACACUUCAGACCAAACAAACCCACAUGCACAUUGCUGGCAUGCGAGCAGUUUCAACUCAUCAUUAUUUAUAGUCGUGUGUCCAGUUGUUUUCUAGACCAGUGCAUGGUGGCUGGAGGGUCUCGUUCAAAAAGCUGCCGUUUGUGUGUCCGUUCGCUCGCUGGAGAGCUGAAACGCUCCCGCCCUCUGCCAGACCCCGACCGAGGAAUCCACGUAAAAACCAAAAGCGGUGGCGCGGCGGCACCGUUUUGUUUGGAGUGCGCGAUACAGCUCUUUACUAUGUAAAAACAACUCUCUGCAAACUUGGUGGUAUCUGGUAUUAUAACAUUCUGCAUUAUCUGUAUUUUAUGAAUAUUGUGCAUUGCCUUAUUUAUUUUUGCCAGGAGCAGACUAUUUUCUCUUUAUUGCUCAGAAUUAUUUAUCUUUCAAUGCAACGUAUGAAUAAACACGUACUGUCACGGC